AGGCGUUAGCGCCCACGUUAGCAGUGCGGGUAUUUGUUAACUAACUGAAUUGCUAAACUUUUUGUCACGGCAAUAAACCAUUUAAGGAUUAUUUCUAGGAGGGGUGCAUUUAAGUCACAGCGUUCAAAAUAAGUGAACCAACAGGCAGUGUGAAUUUCUUAGUUUCAUUCUCAUUAAUACCAGCGCUUUUGACUACAUUAAUUUAUUAAGCAAUGCCAAUGACAUAUACCUUAACCCUAAUAAACUAAAGCCUCGUCCAAACGGACGCAACAUUGUUGGCCAACAACUCCCAACAUUGUUGUUAGCAGAAGUCAAAGAAGAAUAAAGACCAAGAUGUAAAUCAGAUUCCUGGUACUUCAUAGUGUAGCGAGCGAGUUGCUUGAUCACACGACACCCCCACUCAUCCAACAAUCCUCGCCAACAAUGUUGUGUCCGGUUAAUUGCACGGGGCUCAAGUACUAGUCGGUAAAACUGUAGUUAAUACAGUAUUAACGGCAAUCAAUAUAGCAAAGUACAUUAUAUGGUCGAACCUAAGACGAAAUAAUUAAGGAAUUGUGCAUUCUCAAAUGUACUCUUAUCGUCACAUAUCUCAUUUUUCAGUAUAUCAACACAACAGGAGCUCGAGUGUGUUUAAAAGAGUUGUACGAGUCUAAGUACGACCCUCUCUCAGUAUCAUAUACUGUCUUGUCAGGUAAGAGCGGGUUUAUGGAAUUCUCGUCUUAGUAACGCAUAGGUUUUACUGAUUACUUACAACUAAUUCAUUAUGAAGGCAUAAAGAGAUAACUCAGAUACGAGGGUCAUUUCAUUAAUAGAGAAAGGCGAUUAUUUUAAAUAUUGGCUCCCUGGAAGUCGUUAAUGUAUUUGCUACUGAUUAUCCCAUGUACAAAAUGCUCUCAAUCCAGCGUCGUCAGUUUUAUUUUCCUCUUUUCCUCCUGCUAAGCGUGUCGGCCGCACAAGCAGAUGGAAUGAUAUUUGUGAAACUGCCUCGUUCCCAGUCGCUCGCGUUGCUGGCCUCUAUUUCUCGCGCUUCUCGAUAGUUCUGUUCUCGCUACUAAGCUUUGGGAAGCCCGUGGAACAGGCACUCUUUAAGGGACCAAAUAUGUGGGGAUUUCUAAACUGCACAGUCGUUUUAUAUCCUUAUCACAGAUAUUUGCCAGCCAAGAUGGAGUUAUUUCGGUGGCUACUGUUACUUCACAAGUCGAGCAUGCGCCUCGUGGCUGAUCGCUGAAUCAAACUGUUCUACGAUGAGUUCGAAUUUGGUAACGGUUCACAAUCAAGAAGAAAAUGUCUACAUUCAACACCGUCACAACGGAGAGAGAUCUUGGAUUGGACUCAAUGACCGAAGUGUGGAGGGCUCCUUUGUGUGGACAAACAAAGAAAUAAGCAAAUUUAGGUUCUGGGCCCCACAGCAACCGAACGACUGGAAAAACGAAGACUGUGUUCACACUCUUGGAGCCAAACAUGGUUACGCUUGGAAUGAUGUGCCAUGUACUAACUGUUACAACUACACUUGUUUUAAAGGUACGAGGCAUAGUAAGAUUUAUAUCUUUGUUAAUCCUCAUGAUCCAGAAAGGCUUCUAGACAUUUUCAAAAAUGCAUUUAACAAGCACAGAGCACAUACAGCGUUUGAUUUUACGCAAAAAACGAUCGAAACAGAUUGCAUGGAAAAAUAGCAACACCAAUCAGACUAACUGAAGUUAGAGUGCUUUCGGUAUUGGAAACAUUGGGGAUUACCACCUACAUUUUGCAUAAAAAAUGUCCAUUUAUACCGAAAAAUGGCCGCAAAGGCCUGAAAUCGGAAUCACAAAUUGAUUUAAAGAAAUAUUGGAAGUCGAAUUUAUAUUCCACCAUUAAUUUUGUCCAGGAAAACGUUCCGUUGGCGUUCGGCGGAUAUUAGGCACCUUACGAAACUACGACAACUACGGCGACGGCUACGGCGACGGCAACGUCAAAAAGCAAUAGGUUUAGUUAGCAAAACAACAACUCUGCACAUGCAUAACUCUUUUUUGUACUGUAACGUUUCUUUGCCGUCUCUGCACGACUACGACGUGAAAUGAUCUCAAGGUUUUUUGAGGACGGGAAAGGCAAGGCGAUAAAUUCUACCAUCUCUGUCUGAAAUCGGGUGAGGCACCCUCUCCAGCUCUAACAUAAAUUCCCUUCUUUUAAGUAACUGGGAGACUUGGUUUGAAAGGAUGCAGAGUCUAUUUUUCAGCGAGGUUUUCAUGGACGUCGCCGUUGUCGGAUCGUAAGGUCCCUGUUUUCCAAUGCGGGAAAGUCGUGCUGACCUCUAUUUACUUUUCAAGACACUUCUUUGCAAAUGUUUAACAAAAAUGAGUACAGGGUGUAGGUGACGACCCUUUUCACAUGUUCCUUCCUUCUGACAUUUUAUUUUCCCUCGCUAGUGUGCGUUAAUUACCCAAAUACCCUACAGUAUAUAAAACUGUACUUUUUAAACUAUAGCUUCAUUAACUAAAAAAGUCAUUUCGUUUCUACAAGAAGUCUCUGCGUGUUUUCUUUUAUAGACUUGGAUGAAUGUACCACUGGUUCGGAUUCCUGUGACGUCAAUUCUGUAUGCCAGAAUACCGUGGGUUCAUACACAUGCUCGUGUAAUGCUGGGUACACAGGAGAUGGAAAGUCUUGCAAUGGUCAGUCCGGAAUAUCCCUAAAUUUAAGAACAAGGCCAACUGGUCACGCGACACUUUUCAACCAAUGAGAAGGCGCGCUUGUGUUUAUCAACAAACAAAUCAAAACAUCGCCCCAGUGAUCAAAAAUUUUCAAAACAACGGACGGAGUCGGACGGAAUCAGUCAUCGUUUCGAGGCUCUCAGGCAUAUUUUUAAGACUUUUUAUGAGGCAUACACAAUUUUUUUAAGUGGAGGGCGUAUCGGAAGCCAUAUUGGAAGUGUCUCGUGAAAUAUUCAGCACAUUUUGUGGCUUAUUUCUUCUUUUAUCUUUUAAACAACGCGAUGUAUAGGAGAGAUUUUGGUCUGUUUUCAAGGUAGGUGAACACGUAUCUAUUAUUUUUUCGAUUCACAGAUUUUUACGAAGUUCUAGAUAUUUUUCCUCGAUUGUCAUAUCGAUUAACUUUUAUCAUGUUGAAUGUGGGAAUGGUAGACAACCUAGAAUUUUGGUAGACAAUUUUUGAAUUCCGAGGUCCAAAACACGUAUGUUUUCCACUCCCGCGUUUCUCACAAAAGCCGUGUUAUUACUUUUUUUCGCAUUAGUACGAGCCUUUGCCUUUUUUCUUUUCAAGGCCAAAACAACUUUAUUAGUACAGUCUUAUGAAUAUUCACGUCCAACAUCUCUCCUCACUUUGCCGAAUUUGCGGGGAUGAAAUUGAAGAUCAUAAGUGCAAGGUACAGAAGGUAGAUACUAACCGCUUUGUUUCUGAAAUUCACUAAGCUGGAAAGAUUUAAUGUUGUUGGAUUCUCCAAAUGUUCAUCCACCGUUAAAAGACAAUCAAAGAAACAAGGCAAAUCUGAAUUGUAAAUGCUGUAUUUCGCUACUGAUUGAACAUGCACUGAUUAUCUGGGAUAAAAUUAAAACAUUGCAGGUACUACGGCAACCAAAGAAAGCACCAGAUGCGUGAAGUCAAGACGAAACAACACAAAAAAACAAACAAGAAAAAUUAAUAAAUUUGAACUACUUUCUAUUCUUGUUAUGAUGACUGGUUCCUUGAUUCUUGUCCUGUAGAAGUUAAUAGGUAGUACCAAUCCUGUUUUGUUCGAUCUCAACAAAUUUUCACACUCUCUCUAAGGCUAUUUUUACACGGGACCAGUUGCUUCUAUCAAAAAUCUUGCAAGCCAUGCCAGUGAAGCCACGACCUCUGCGAUCGGUCCGGAAUCAGUUCGAACACACCAAUGAUUCCUUGCAAUGAUUAAUGCUCUUAUUCUCUUACAUGAAAUGUUUUCUUUGAAAAUAUUAAAUGUGAAACCUAGACCAGUACUGUAAUCUCAUCUUUAAUUCUGUCCGACUCCGUCCGUUGUUUUGAAAAUUUUUGAUCACUGGGGCGAUGUUUUGAUUUGUUUGUUGAUAAACACAAAGCGCGCCUUCUCGUUGGUUGAAGAGUGUCGCGUGACCAGUUGGCCCUGUCCUUAAAUUUAGGGAUAUUCCGGACUGAUGGUAUUUAAAAUAUAGUCGAACCUUCAUGUGAGACUACAGAGGCGGAUCCAGGGGAAGGGUUGACUGGGUUGUAACCCCCUCCCCCCCCCCCCCCCCCCCCCCCCCCCCCCUUGGGAAGUUUUCAAACUUAUUGACUACCCAUGUCUAUCCCUCACCAAAAAAUAGUAUGAUAAGUUACAAUAUAAGUUCCAGUCCAAUCAAUCAUUACAAGAAGACUUUAGCUGUUCCUCUUCUCGACCCCUUAAUCAUCAUCUGACGAAGAUCGCCAAGCCCGCCAUCUGCUUUGUCUCGUGCCAUCGAUUACAGUAAAUAAGGCACUGCAGCUGGAUGAUAAAGAUGAAGGCAUGCUGUUCUGGGAGAAAGACAUUUCAUUUCUCAAACCCUAAGAAAUGAGGUACGUAGAUGGAAAACACUCCGGCAGUCAACAGAUAGGGAGCUUCCAAACAACCUUUAUUAGCACUUGGUGUUUGCGAUGAAGAUGCUUUUCCAAACAUCUAUCGCCCUCUGGUCAUUGCAUGCACCCUACCGAUCACAAGCGCAGAGCCUGAGCGAUCGUUUUAACUGAUGAAAUGAAUCAAGAACUGCUCUAGGUCAACAAUGCUUAAAGAGCGAUUAUCUGAUCUCGCAGUGAUCGCCAUAUACUACUCCGAGAGAUUCGAGGUAGAAGAGAUAUGCCAAGCCUUUGUAAAGGCUCAUCCAAGAAGGCUCUUUCAAGCUAGCGCUAGUCUGUUUGACUAAAUAGGCGGGUAUAAAGAAGACAAACAACUAUCGUUGUUGCACUGUACUCAUAGUCCUUAACAAUAGUGCCUCAAAUUUAUACCUCUGAAAGCAAAACGAAGAAAAUCUACACAUUCUACAUAUUCAAACAUAACGCUAAUCCUAACCCUAACGCUACCACGCACCUUCCGCAUUCCUUUGGCCCUGGGACGUUUGCCUCGAACUCCCAUACUUACAACCGCCGCUUUGAAAAAAUCCUGGGUCCGCCUUUAGACUACUCCUCUUCCCAUAAGCGGAGAAGGAAUUACAAAUAUCGUAAAUUCCGUAAAAUAAAUUAUUUUCAAAACAAAAAUAGACGUUUUGGGGCCUGACUAGUGGGAUAUACCACCUCUUGUCCCAUUCUCGUAAGCGACCACUAAAAUUAAUGUUCGCAUUUUGGGUGGUCGCUAAGGGAGGUUCGACGGUAAUAAUUGAAGAGAAGACACAAGCUCAACACUGUCAUGUCGUUAGUACCUGUCGUGUGGGUAAAUAUAAUCAGAUUUUGUAAAAAUAAAUAAAUAAAUAAAUAAAUAAAUAAUGAUAAUAAUAAAAACAAAUACACGAUUUUAUCUACCGGAUAAGAACUAUCAGAUCGAUAUAAUAUCACUGAUUCUAACACCCUAUGCAAUUUACUCGUUCUCAUGCAGAUAUCGACGAGUGUUCUACCAACUCUCACAGCUGUGGCGCCAAUGCGGUUUGUAGCAAUACUGCUGGAUCGUACACAUGCGCGUGCAAAGCAGGAUUCACAGGCGAUGGAAAAACAUGCUCCGGUAAGAUGUUGUAAAAUGUAAAAUGGCCGCUUGGAGUAAGCGAACAGACAGGCGAUGUCAAGCAGACAGAUUAUGGAAGCAAUAAAUUAAAAAUAAAGUACAGGCGCUGGUUGUACAAACGCUGGAUAGUGCUAUCCAACGGAUAAAUAACUAUUCAGUAGAUAAGUAUUAGCUUAUCAAUUGCGCUAUCCACUGGAUAGAGAUUUAUCGACUGGAUAGGGUUAUCCAUCUUUUGAACAACUGGGGCCAGGUCGGCAAGAGGCGCCAAGUCGUAAGAUGUGUGUAGGUGCGAUAUUUUUUGUCUAAUAAGUUUAACAAUAUCGAUUGUUCAAGCCUGCGAUCAUUUUUCUCUUUUAUCAAGCUUAGACUAAUUAAUUGCGUUUAACUUGCUUCCCCUUUGCAAAGAAUACGGUUAUAAAAGUUAUGAUUACACUUACUUGUAUUGUAUUUAUUUUUUGUAGAUAUUGACGAGUGCGCCCACGGUACUCACAACUGCCACAGUUCACUUGCUUCAUGUACAAACACAGUGGGAUCUUUUAGUUGUUCAUGUAGCAGUCCUUACAUCGGAGAUGGCAAAACUUGCAUUAAUAUUCCAUACGGUAAAUAAUCACCAACAAUUAGGAAGAUGUCCAUUUACUAGACCCCUAUUUACACUCGUUAGAAGCAUGUUGCUUUAACCUUGAUUGUUUUAAAAGGGUUUCAGUUCAAUGCUAUUAUUACCCAGAUCUCUUGUCGACGAAGCCGAAAGCAAGAUCUGGUCAAUCAAUCAAUCAAUCAAUCAAAUUCAAUUUUCUUUUUUUAUUAGCCACUCAAACUGCAUAUAUAUAGUGAGAACUGCAUAUAUAUAGUGGGGGAGCGACAUGAGUAUUGACAUCAGCGCGCGCUGUAGUGUCUGCAAUAUAUAUAUAUAUUUGUUUUUUCUGGUCUUUUCCCCUUUUGCUUGCCUUUUCCCGACGCACGAAUACGUGUAUCAUGACCGCCUUUGCACAAGCCAAGGCCCAUUAAAGAACAUGAGAAAGGAAAAGUUUCUUUUCAAUAAUUUGUAGUGAAUGCUUGUAUUGCAACAGUUUACUUACUAGUGACUUCCACUUGUAGGGAUAGGAUCGUCCCUAGUCCGGUUAGAUUGUGCUUAUACUCGAUUAUUACCUACUUGACUAAACCAGCCUUUUAAUUACUAUUUGAGUUUCUCACAUUUCUGGAUUUUAUUGUCUCCUGCAGCCUCUUAUAUUAAGCAAUAUUUCAAGAUAGCGGUUUUGGAAUUAAUUGACUAAUUCUUAUAGACAUCACUACAAUCACAAUAAUGCACUGCAAAAUGGUAGUCACUUCUUGGUGUUACGGAGAAAAAAACUGAUCAAUACCCACAACACAAAACAAAAGCGGCGGUUUCCGCAACACCAAGAAACACCCAAGAUAUUCAGUAUUCAGAAUUCAGUACUCCGUAGAAAGGUGCAAGAGUACGAUAUUUAGUCGCGAUUUGAGCAAGAAAAUAGAAGAGGAACUGAAACCUUACGACAACAACCACAUAAGCUGCCAUGAAAUGAUCGGAUGGACUCAUGAUCAGUGGCCAAUUUAAAACUUUGAACAUCAUCGAUCAAAGGGUUGUUGGUCCAUUUUUUGCGAGAGAUAAAGAAACUUCACUAUAAGAAAUAUAUGAAAAUAGCGCGUUGCAAAUCCGUUACACAAGGCGAAUAGUACCGGGGUACUACAUACUUUAAAGAUCCAACCAGCAUAAAUCACUUUGUCGUUAGACCCUUCUCACGCGAAUAGUUUAAACAGAAGCAGGGGAGUGAGAUUGGAAGGGGCCACAAGCUUGAAAUCUUGUUUCCUCUCAAUAUUAUUUAACAAUAUAUUACCGUUUCUGAUUGUCUUUCCCGCCGCUAAAUCCUCACAAACGGCACACAGUUACCAUAUUUGGAAGCCGAUGUAGGUAGUACCCAAUCGAUGGCAUGCUCCUUCACAUCAUACUUAGCCUCAUUCAAUAAUUGUUAAAUAUAUGAUAUAUUGGUGACUCAAUAAAGGUCUCAAUAGAAGAGGAAAACUUUGAACUUGUUUCCACCAUGUUAAGGUGGGGAGUCGAAAAAUCAUCCACAUUGAUCACGUCGAGCGAACCAUUACAUUAUUCACGAUAUAUGAACUACUACCGUUCAAUCCGGAGAAUUGAUUUCUCUAAUUUUGCCGAUUAACUGCGAAUGCGGUCAACUUUAACCGUCGAGACCCAACUGUUGUCUAACGAAAGGUUCGGAAAUAGAUCCUGAGAGAAUGUUCCCCUAAAUCUUAAUUUGCUAGUUAGUAUCUUUUUUAUCUUUGUUACUAUCUUUUUCUUUCAGUAUCUAGUGUUUGGAUUUUAUUUUUAUUCAUUUACGGUAACUUUUGAGAGAAAUUCAGUCGGCUAAAUCUGCUUUCCUUCCCUUACAGUGUAUUUUAUUUCGCUCUUCCUUCCCUUUACCCUUAUUUAUUAAUUCUGUUCCAAUUUAUUUUACUACCUUUAACCAAAAACGCCAAACGAAGAUAAAUGCGACUUCAAUUAGUAAUGCAUUUGUACCGUGCGCAAGUCACUUUUUUUUUUUUUACAUAAGGAGCUUUUACAAUAGAAAGCCACCACAGGAACGAGAACCUCAUAAAGAUCAUAAAUUUAGAUUAGCAACUUUGCCAGUUUAUUAUGCUUUUCAGUAAUGUGAAACCUCCUUGAAAACGUAUCUGUAUUCAGUAGGGAUAUCGUCCAAUGGACUUCACUCACUCACUUGGGGCGGGGGUAAGGGUAAUUCAGUCCGAGGUCUGAGGAAAAAUAAGAGUUAAAAUGUCUGAAACACUUCAUGUAAAUACUAAUAAACAUAAAAUGUUAUGUACUACGGUCAUCCCAAUUUGCAACAAAAUUAAAAAUUAUUUGCAAAAACUUUUUCACAAAAAUGUCGAAGUUUUUUAACUGAGAAAUCACCAGACUAAUCCAAUUCCUCGACUGUUUAUUGAUCGAGCCAAGAAUAAGUUGAUGAAGUGAGACGCAAACAAUUCUUACAUGUACCAGUCACUGACCGGUUUGCAAUUCCGCAAAACUUAAUCUAUAUCAAUUCCCAUUAUGUCGCGUCGCAUCGCAGUUAGAUGUAGUGACACUCUCUUCGAACGUUUUUCCCUCUUGUACCAUUCAGAAUAACUGUGGAAAUUUCUUUAACUUGGAUAGCCGUUUUACGAAGGCAGGUAGACGUUUAGGGCCUGUUUACAUGGAGGUGGGGCUUAGGUAGGGUAACCCGCAUGUCCAUAGAAUCUCUCAUAUGGUCACCGCCACCUAUCAUGUAAACUUGAUCAAAUUAAAAUGAGACACUAUAUGGACAGGCGGGUUACUUACCUACCCGUGAACAAGUCUUUAAACUGUGUACCUGAGGUUGUACAAUGUAUUUGCACUUUUUGAAUUAUAUCUGAUCAACCUUUGUUAUUUUGGCUUCUUUUAUAUAUGUUCCCUUUUUAUCAUUAUUAUUUUUUAGUUAAAAAGAGAAAACCGUUAUUUAGCAACCCUAUUGAAGUGAAAUAUUUAGUAACAGUAAUAGUUUAUCAGCCUACCCCAUAAAAUGGCUUUUCAGCCAACUUUACAGGGCCUCUAAUAUUUCGCGCGGUGGGGGAGCCGCGAAAUUCAGGUAAAUCGGCGAAAACCCGCAAAAUUCACAAAAACACGCAAAUACCGCAAAAUUCGGUAGAAAUCUUACCAAAUACUUGUGUGUACAGCAAUUCUAAAAAUUGUCUCAGCUACUGGGGGAAUUUACUUGCCCUAAAUUCGCAAAUUUAUGUCAAAACUUCGUCACUGAAACGCGCAAACAACGUUCCGAAACUACCAGGCGUAGAUUAUGUUACGAAAAACUGGGCACUAGCCAUGAUGUUAAAGGCUUUGCCAUUGGUUCAUUUCUGAAGCGUAUUGUUGUUGAAAGAGCAAGUGAUGACCUCUGUUAGAAAAACAUUAAAAACUCUGGUCUGAUCAGCGCACAACCGAUCGAUUUCUAGCGAAAUUUGCUCGGAAAAUAACCACAAAAUCAGCCGUUUUUUUACCGAUUUCUUUCCGGCCAAGUUUGCUCCGAAAAUUCCCGCGAAAUCGGUUAAUUUUUCGCGAUUUUGUCCCUACAAAUCCCCAAAUUUGACUCUUUUUUCCGCGACAUAUCAGAAGCCCUGACUUUAAAAUUGCAAUUUGAUAAUUAAAAGCAUAAUUAUCUACCGUUGUUGAAAUUUAUCUGGAAAAAAAUGAAAUAAGGAAAUGACGCUUCUUCACCUCAGCCUUAAGGUGCUCGAGAUUCUCUAUAUUACCUGAAGAUUCUGCAAAGUCAUUCCAGAAGCGGACCGCUCAUGGCCGCUGACCGGCAGUGAAUCUAAAGGAAGGCAUGUCUAACUUGUUUUUGUUUCCGAUAUUACGAGAGUGCGCAUCAAUCAUUUUCUUAAACCUGUUACAGAUAAGGGGCUGCGGGCAAGUCCCUUAAUAUGUGUGAAAUAAACUCGCAUUUUUUUAAGAGGGUGCUAUUAACUUUCACUUUCACUUUCCUACAGCGAAUAUUAUUCCGUCAUAACCCGAAUUUUCUAAAAUCAAGGUAUAAAUUUACAUUAAUUUGCAUAAACUCCGGUAAUAGUACAAUUUAUAAGUAACUGAAAAUAUAGAAAAGAACAUACAAUUAUCUAACCGAAGUAGUAAAAAUGGGUAAGCGAUAGCUAUUAAGACCCCUAUUAAAAUUAGAUCAAGUCGUAUAGCCAUCAAUAUGACACCAGCCUCAUAGAUCGAGACGCACCGGUCAUGAUCUCGUACUGAUCUUCUCGACCUGGUCAUGCAUGUCCUCCCAUAAACUACUUCAAAAUUACAGAGGCAUGAAAGUAUUUGACAAGGGACAAUUCGAUAUUUCUUGAGUGCAACCCUUCGAAUUCGUAGUUCUUUUGAAGCGAUUCCUUCAUUGUGGUUCCAAAGUCUUGGGCGUAGUUUAAAGCACUAAAUGUUUUGUGUUGAAGUGAGAAACCGCGUGUAGGUUUUCCACCUGUGUUGUCAGAAGUUUUUUGUAGCUCGAUACAGACUUUGUCGACAUCCUCUUUCGCGUCCCUGUGUUACCCUUUUUUUUACAGACGUACCUUUUUCGCGCGUAUUUCAAAAGCGUCAUAAAGAUAUCCAAGGGUUUUAAUAAACGAACCUGUUUCAGAAAGAUAGGUUUAAAUACGAUCUUAAUAGUCUCGAUAGUUAGAACUGCAACAUCAGUUACAACAAUGAUUUUUCGUAAGUACAAAUUACAUGUACUUUAAAGAAAGAUGUUGAUUUCUUUGAGCCAUCAAAAGAUCUAAUGCUUAGAGUUGGCUUUUUUCUUUGGAUGCGGUAAUGUUUAACUUGACGAUCUUUUGGGUCCGUGAAAACAGUUCUUUCCUUUUACGAACACAAAAAUCUUGUUCGUUGAGUUGUCUACAACCAGCUGCUCUAUGACUGACGCUUUCUGUUUGCCGGGUACUGCCCUGGUGCCUUUUGCGCAUACUAGUAUGUGAGGGUCUCAACGGGGUUAACCGAUAGGCGUAAAACGGCCAAAAAUUUAGUCGGUAGCCGUAAAAAUUGAAAAAUUUUAACCUUUAGCCGUAAAUAGGGUAAAAAAAAGUUAACCGUAAAAGAAAUUGUUCCCCAGAUUUGCUUCUUUUAAGGAAGGUACUAAACUCACUUAUGGUUGCGUUUUUUAUUUCGCGACUAGUGUGGCUCCGUACGCACGUUAGGUAAAACGCCUUUUGGGUGAAGACCAAGACCCAUUUCCAUUUCCGCCGCUCUCGGGGAACUAAUUUUUUUUUUCCAUAGCGAAAGUGUGGCUUCUUGCUGGGGAUUAACAUUUGCGAUUUUCAGGAGGUCGAGCCCCCGAAACACUAGUGAAACAACGCGAAGAGAUCUCACUGUUUGUAAAACAAGUUGCCGAUAAACAACAUUUCCCUGUUUUUCUCUGACGCUACGGUAGACAUUGCCAUGCCUAGUCCCUGUACGGCGUCCUCCCACGCAAUUUCGGUCAAGGCAUUUUGGUGACGAACUCGCUCGGACUACGUGACCCGAAACGCAUUAGCCGCGCGAAAUAAUAAGGCCUACGGACAAGGAAAAACGACUGACAGUGGUUUCGUACAGUCCUUCGCUACCAUUAGAAACACUGGACACGGGAAUUUUGUUUUUGGCCGUUUUCACACUAGAGCUAGAAACGGAUUAUCCGUCUGAGACUAGCCUGUGUACAGUCGCUCCCUUCCCGACAGACAUCCCCUCCCCGAUUUUUUUUCUGAGCGGAAGGGGCGGUUGUACACGGGCUAUCUGGAACGGAUAAUCCCGUCUUCAAACUGUCCGUCGAAGUUGAAGGAUAAAGUCAGGCGGAUUGUUCAUGCAAAAUUAAAACUAUUCCAUUUUCAAAUUAAGACGUAUUACCUAUCUGACGCGAAUCAUCAAACGGAUAACCCGUCUCACACGAAUAAUCCGUCUUUAGUGUGAAAACGGCCAUUUCUGUUGUAGUGAAUGUCGCACCCCGGCCUUGAGUUAGGCGUUCGGGUGUGUGCUUUGCUUUUUCACAAAGAUUAUUUUUAAAUUGACUAUUGACAUUUUUAUGUGUAAAAUAAUAUUAGAAGUGGACUACUUUACAAAAAGUAUGAUCUAUCAAAUGUUAAAAUUCUUUAAAAAAAGAAUAGCUUAUUUCAUAACCCGAGAUGAUCCUAAGACCUUUAUUUUGCUUUAAAGAUACAGGUUAAUUAAUAUUUAACUUUUUGAAACAAAAGAAGUUAAUUUUUAACUUUUUUGUUAACCGUAACUGAAAAAAAUUAGCCGAUAGCCGUAAAAGAGCCAAAAUUUUAGCCGAUAACUGUAAAUGCCACCACCCCAUUGAGACCCUCGUAUGUGUUUAACACUGGUCAAAAAGUGUUGGGGGGGCGGAGCAUUUGGAAAUGUGGUUGAUAAAAAACACAUGGCCCACCCCCUCCCUUCGGCGCAAAAAUGACUGACCCACCCCUAAAAGCAAGGUUGGAAAUUCCAUGACCCACCCCCUUGUUUAUACAUGGAUGUUUGGUUUCCUCUUAAUAAUCCAAUAAAACCUUGUUCUGUGUUUGACAAAAUUUGUUGAUACACUGCUACAACCAAUAUCAAAAUCACAGAAAUCAUACCUUUCACUGAAAAGACAAAUGUGAAACACCGAACAUUAUAUGAGUCUUGAUGGAGUCUUGACACAAAUAUACAGCAAAACGAGGGUAUAUUGAAAUUGUCUGUCUCAAAACAUAUGAAAAUUUCUACAUAGACAACUCAUUCCCACACAUUACUUGUCGGAAAUGCCUAGGUUAAUCCUCAAAGAAAAUUUCUUCCACUUCAAUGGAAAGCACUACUUACAAAACCAUGGAACUGCAAUGGGCACACAGACAGCAGUUUUGAUUCCUUUGCCAAUAUUUUCAUGACAUAUAUUGAAACAACAACUCUAAGCAAAACUGUCUUUGGAAGUGGUACAUACACGAUAUCGUUUCCCUAUGGGACAUGAGUAAACCAGACAUCAAAGCCUUCAUUGAAGAAGCAAACUUACAUCAUCCAACUAUUGAAUUCGAAACAUUUGACAUUGAGACUGCGUUUUUAGACACGGUUGUAUACAAAGGCACCAGAUUCAAGGAAAAAUCUAUCCUUGAUGCAAAGACACAUUUUAAACAAACUGAAACCUUCUUGCACACACAUUUCACCUCGUGUAACCCUCCAAAUGUUAAAAAAGGAUUUGUCAAAGGAGAAGCCUUGAGAGUCCUAUGAAAAAACUCCUCAGAAACAACCUUUUAGGAAAAUAAUUCAAAUUAAAAAAAAAAAAAAAAAACGCUUGAUGGACGGAGGCUACCCACAAUCUUUGAUAGAAAACCUACUAUCAGAAAUGACAUUCACAAAAGGGAGUCUAAGCUCCUAAAAAGAAACGACAAGGAGAAAAAAUAAAUAUGGCCAUUCGUGACACAAUACCAGCUCUCCGGUAUUCAGUAUGAGAAAAAAUACGGGUUAAAAUGACUGAAAGAUCUAAUGUAAAUACUGUAAAUAAACAUAUUAAAAUAUUAAAAAACUUAUUCACCAAAAUGUCGAAGUUUUUUAACUGAGAAAUCACCAGACUAAUCCAAUUUCAGUACUGUUUAUUAGUCGAUCCAAGAAUAAGUUGGUGAAGUGAUUCUUACGUGUAGCACAAGAUCACUCAGUAAGAAUUUUGUUUUGUUUUACUGUUACAAAGGUAAAAAGUAAAAGUAUUUUAUACGACAUCACGACGCGCGGGAUUUGUGAGUUUUCUUAGAUAGCCACAUUUUCAUAAACUAACUGAGUUCUUCCUCGCGCGUUGAUCGGAUAUUUCUAUCAGUGCGAAGAGGACAGACAUGAAAUUUUAAUUUCUGCAAGACGGAACACCCGCUUAAUACGGACACCCGUAUAUAACGGACAGUUUCUAAAAUUUACCCUUUAAUACGGACACCGAUGAAUACGGACACAAUGGACACUUUUCUGUGUCCUGAGGCACAAAUCCUGUCAACCCUGCUAUUUACGGGCACUGGCUAUCUGCGUACCGUCUAUUUUCCUUAUCACAAUCACGUGCUAUUUGUAGACAUUUUACACUGUCCAAACAAUGACAGAAUUCUGGUUUUAAGUAGCAGAAUAGCUUGAUAUGUUUUAUUUUAAGUCCGUCUUUCUUUUCGUGUACUAUAUAGCCAUUUUAUGAUUACUACUCAAGUCUCACUUCCUUGGCUUUUCGGCACAGUCAUUGUUCCUACCCUUCUUCCUCUUUGUCUGCCAUAGUCUUUACAUCAAUACAAGAUGUUUCCGGGACGUUUUUACGGAGAGCCCACUUAAUACGGCCAUCCGCAUGAUACGGACACCAUGGCAUUUCCCCUAAUGUGUCCGUAUUAACCGGGUUCUACUGUUCGUAGUUUCUUUUUGAAAGCCAAAAUGUUUUUUACUAAUCCUUUUUCCAAACUUUUGUUAAAGUAAAAAGCAAAUUGACGCCAGGUCCGCAGCAACAUUGUCAAUUUUUCUAGUAGAUUCACUCGCCUGGGGCUCGUGCUCGUGGAUCCACAACAUUCUGACAAUGUCAUGAUGCGAUGUUAUGAUCAAUAAGAGGACAGACGAUAAAGAAACCAGCGUCAAUGUGAGGAAAUAAACCAAUUUUAGUGCAUAAAACUAGAAAUACGUUUUCGCAAAAAUCUCGCGAAGCUAACGGGGUCAGCAGUGAGAAUAAACAGUAAAAAGCCAAAGGGUAAAAAAACGAUGAAAGAAAAAAACAAAUGGAAGUAGACAAGUCGGGGUUGGAACCCAGUUGCACCCCAACUUCCUCCAGCGAAAAAGUGCGGCCUCUGACCACUGGGCCAUGCGACCACUAAGCGCCCAUAACUCAUCAAAAUCAAUAGUGUUGAAGUGUUUUUCUCUGCCAUUCACACUGUUUGAACCUUAUGGAGCUGUAUUUAUCAUGAAUUCAAAGAUACAUUUAAGGAAAAAUAACUCAAACGAGUAUUUCAAAACCAUUUUGCAUUAUUGCCGUGUUUAUUCACUCUCGGGCUUAAAUAGGCCACUCGAUUAACGGAGUGGUCUUUUUCUUCGCUGCUCUGGCUGAAGUUCAGGUCACCGUUCUUUUGGUGUUAAUUGGGCACUGUCGUGUUUCCAGCCCGCUUUUAUAUGCCUCAUAAAUACUUUGCGAUUCGCCAGCGUACAAUAAACAGAGGAUGAAUAAAAAGUUGCUGGCCGUGUUGCCUGGAAACCCACAAUGCACGAUGACGUGCAUUUGGCGUCUAUUAUUUGUUUAUGGCUUGUUGCUACAAUCGGCGACAAAAUGAGUUGCGACACUUCGCCCAAAAGUGGGCUUUUUUACGUUUUAUGAACUUCAAAAGGAGGAAAUAUUGCUUUCCUCCCCCAUCCCCUCCGUGCAAUGUUGUGCCCUUGUUCUAGCUACCUAUAGAAAACAACAAACACCCAUCAAAGGGUUCUUGGUUCAUUUUUUUACAAGAGAUAAAGAAGCGUCACUAUAAGAACUAUACGAAAAUGGAGCGUUGUAAAUACGUUGUACAAGGCGAAUAGUACUACAGGAGUGCUACAUACUUGAAAGGCUUAACUUGCAGAAAUCACUUUGCGGUUAGACCCUUCUCACCAAAAUGAUUGAAAUAGUUUCAGACAAGACUUCAAUCAACUUUGCCUCUAUACUCAUAUUUGGGGGUUCGAAACUGAAUCAACGUGACGAAGUGAAAUCUUGUUUCAUUCACAACAUCUCACCGUUUCUUAUUGUCUCCAGUCCCGCUGCUAAAUCCUCACUACCGGCAGACGGUUAUCGUAUUUGAAAGCCGAUGUAGGCAGUACCCAGCCGAUGGCAUGCUCCUCCUCGAUCUGUAUAAUUCUUCACAUCGUACUCAGCCUCAUUCAAUAAUUGUUAAAUAUAUGAAAUAUUUGUGACUCAUAGAAAGGUUCACAAUGGAAGAAGAAAACUUUGAGCUUGUUUCCGCCAUGUCAAGGAGGGGGUCGAAAAAUCAUUACAUGAUCACGAUAUAUGCACUAUUACUUUCAAUCCGGACAGUUGAGAUCUCUAAUUUUGCCGAUUAACUGCGAAUGCGGUCAACUUACCGUCGAGACCCAACUGUCGUCUAACUACAACUUACUUUAAAUUGAACAGACGGAACGUUCGGAGAUAGAUCCUCAGAGAAUGUUCCACUAAAUCUUGAUUUGGUAGUUAGUAUCUUUUUAUCUUUGUUAGUAUCUUUUUCUUUUAGUAUCUUGUCUUUGGAUUUUAUUUUCAUUCAUCCGCGGUAAACGUUGAAAGAAAUUCAGUUUGCUACAUCCGCUUUCCUUUCCGUUACAGUGUAUUUUAUUUCGCUCUUCUUUCCCUUCCUCACAAUUUAUUAAUUCUGUUCCAAUUUUUUUCCGACCUUUUACCAAAAACGCCAAACGAAGGUAAAUGCAAUUAAUUCGCAAUUAGAUGCAGCGACAAUCUCUUCGAACGUUUUUUCCUUUUGCGCGAUUCAGAAUAACUGCGGAAAUUUCUUUUCUUUGUACAGCUGUUUUACGAAGGCAGGUAGACGCUUAGGGCCUGUUUACAUGGAGGUGGGUGAGGCACCUGUCAUGUAAACCUGAUCAAAUUAAAAUUAAAUGAGAGAUUAUAUGGACAGGCGGGUUACCCACCUUCAUGUGAACAGGUCUUUAAACUGUGUACUUGAAGUUGUACAAUGUAUUUGCAUAAUUAUAUCUGACCAACCUUUGUUAUUUUGGUUGCUUUUGUGUUCCCAUUUUAUUGAGAGCGACUGUCUGUAAAUAUCGACCAAAAUCGGCACAAGUUCCAAAUUCGAAUUUCGCUCAUGUUUCGCUCAUGCUUUUGUUAAAAUUCGAGAAAAUUCAUUUUGCCCGUUCGGAGCUCAAAAUUCACUUCUGGUAAAGCGAAAUUUUACACAAAUGUCAUUGACGCGUAGGUCAAACCACAACGAUUUGGCAGCCUUUGAAGAACACGAAUAGUUAUUGUGAGCCUUUCUUUCUUAUAACACGAUAAAUUUGUGAAAGCUGUAAUAAUUUCAGUGGCCAAAAAGGUAUUGUUAAAAAUAAGGCCUAUUGACAAUUUCUAUCACUCAAAAUUAUAGGGAUAAAAUAAUGCAAAUUUUUACAAUGCGCUUUAACUUAGAAUUUCGCAAAUUGACCUUCUAAGGCAUAUCUAGGCCCCAAUCUAUCAGAAUAUUGAAACGAAUCUCUAGGCAAACGAUUUUAAGUAGCCCGCAAGACCACGAGUUCAACCCUAAUUUUGCGGAAAAUCGCUGCAUUCCAGUGGAGCGUUACACGGCCCGUCACGCAAGCGGUGUUAACGACAGAUACACUUUAAACAUUCUAUUCAAAGUUGAUUACAUGCCAAAUGCCAGCAUACAAUCUAUAUUACAUCUUUCAAUACACUUAUCUUAUUUAGAAGAGUCAUUUUGUUUGGAUGUAAUAUACAGUGCAGAAUUGCCCAAAAGUCGGCUUUUUUGGGGGACGUCGGCAAGACGUCGCGACCGAGCCCAACGAAAAUAGACUUUAAACAAGUACAGUGGUGUGUUUUAUUGAUUUAAGCAUCCGUCAAAAGGCAUAAAUACGUUAAAUUUAAGACGGAGACAAUCAAUAUUAACUAAAUUGAACACUUUAUUUUUUCUUACGAGUUUUCUGUUUCAAGUAAUUGUGUGUAAGUGUACAUGAAAUGUACAUUAUUCGAUGCACCCUUAUAAAGGUACUCUGACAAACGUUUCAGAAAAUAUUUUAACUCGUUCCGAUCGACGAUGAAACAACAUCAUCAAAAACAAUUCGCCAAAAACUUUCCUCUACAGCAAAACGGAAAAUAGAAAAAAAAAAAUGUGGCGUUUUACUAAUGCUAAAGCAGGAAUAGUUGCAGCGCGAGUAAGUUUGAGCUUUUAAAUGUCAAAUGCUAUAAAUGGACAUACAAACAUAUAUGCAUUCUUUUUUAUCUUUCCUUAAAGAAGGCUUUUCAAAGAUAAUUACAAAAAACUAUGAUUACAAACAAAAAGGAGCACACAGUAAAUAUAUAAGAAGUCAGGAUUGGCAAAAUUAUCUAAGAGCUAAGAAUUAAUCACUAUAUACGAUGAUACAUAAAAUGCAAGAAGCAUCGUUUGUAAAGUUCUAUGCCGAGCAAAGUAGCUUACUUUUCAGCUUUCGUUUGAAGCUUAAAACAUCUUUGCUUAGUUUUCAUUCAUUAUCCAAUGAGUUCAAUAUCUUCACUGUUCUGUAAUAAACGCUUCUCUGGCCACUCGCCGAUUUUUAAAAAUAAGGGAAUAUGUAGCGAUUGUGAGUUUCUAGUUUCUCGCCCACUGAUUUUAAAUCGUGCAGUAAAUUUAGACGUAAGAUAAUCUGGUACUGAGCCCGUCAUAAAUUUAAAUGCCAGAGUGGCACUUCUAAGAUACAUUACUGAUUUUUUUCUACUGGGAGCCAAUUUAAUUCUUUUAAUUUUUCUGUCUGCUUCCAAAAGCCAGGAGUUUAGUGUUAUCUGGGUUAAGUUCUUAGUUCUUAGUUCUGGUAGCACAACUUGCUGACGUUGAAUAGGUCCUCUUGUUAUAUGAGCUAUUGCAGCGUCUUCUCUUUCAAAUCAAACGAAAUUAGUAGGUUGGUGUCGUCCACAUAGCUCUUUGCCAUGCAUUUUAUUGGUACAGAGGUGAGGUCGUUCGUAUGUAUACUAAAAAGAAGAGGUGCUAAUAUACUCCCUUGGGGUAUACCGCUGACACUAGGAAGAGGCUCAGAAUCGGAAAACCUGUUGCCUGCCACUUAAAUAGCUAUGAAACCAUUCUGUACAUGAAGAAGAAGCUCCUGCAUCUUGAAGUUUAGAGAUCAUCAGUUUGUGGUCGACACUAUCAAAGGCCUUACUCAUGUCAAGUAGGACCAUGGCUGUUAAUUUUUUUUGUCCAUCAUGUCUGUUGUUUAAAUGACGGACGUUUCUGUUGAAUAGAAUUUCUUGUUUCCGCUUUGAUUGUUCGACAGCCUCCCCUCUGACGUAAGGAAUGGUGCGAAUUGGUUAUAGACGACCCUUUCGCAGUCUUUCGAAACAACCGGCAGAAGCGAGUCGGCCCACUGUUACUCGCUUGUUCGUAUAUAUAUAGUCUGUAUCUUUUGGUAUUGGGGUCACUUCGGCUAGUUUCCAUUGUGUAGGAAACAUGUUUGAGGCUAUUGAUGUGUUUAUGACAGAAGUGAGAACAGGAAGAAGGGUAGAGCCCAAUAAAUCCUUAAUUACACGGAUCGGAAUCCUAUCGAUUCAGGGAGCUUUAUUAGAGGCCAUUGAUGUAAUGAUAACUUUUAGGUGUUUACAAUCAGUCGCGUUCAAUGAGAAUGACAUCUGUAGACCCUUGCAUCGGCAUUGGAAAGAACUCUCUGGCCCACUAGGAACUAGCCUGUUCCAGGCGAAGUGGACAGUGGAUAGUGGAAAGUGGCGCGAAAUGGAGAGCGGAGGAAAACAAACGUGGAAGAGAGUAAAGGGGGAGAGUAGGAGGAGGAAAAGAGGUUCUUUCGCCCUCUCUCCCUAACCCCUCCCCGUAGCCAUUUUUUCUAGCUCACUUUUCUUUACGUUUUCCCAACUAUCCGGGGGCCUGUUACAUGUCAACUACGUUUAUUCCUUCAUUUCCAACUUUUUAUGGUAUAUAUUCAACUUGAGCGUCCGCCCCUUUUGGCUCUUUGUUAUUCAUCAGCAGGAACGAAUUUGGUAGUACUAACGACUCAGAAACUGUAUUUUUUUUUCUUUCUUUUUUUUCUUUUCGUUUUUCUUUGACUGUUUCUAUUGUUUUUAUUAGGACGUAUUUUUCGCUUCUCUCCUCAGUCUCACUCACUCUCCCCCCUCGCUUGCUCCAGAUAAGAGGGAACGACCUUUUGUUUUGCUCCAGACCAUUUGUUCGCUCGAUUAUUCGCGCGUUCUUGGCUUGCAAAAAGUACGGGCUGCUUUGUGGUCUGAAAGACUUUGCACUGAUUGACGUUCUAGUGUCAUGGAAACUCUAGUUGUGAUACUGAACUGCAGAUGACAGGUUAAAAGACUGAAAGUUCCUUUCAACAGCGUUUGGAAAGAGAACAUCGUCUUUUCCGCAAAAAAAUAGAAAAUAAAUAAAUAAUAAUAAUAAAAAAAAAUAAAAACAAAAAUAGGCAAACAAAAUAGAGUAUAAUACUCAUAAAACCUAACAAGAAUCUUGUAACGAACGAAUGGGAACACCUACAAGGAAAGACAGACUAGAGGACUUUCCUCAUCCUUGUUAGCCUUAGUCCAUAAAAAUUUCUUUGACGCCCAUGGUACCCUCUACUGAAAAUGUCUUUCCCCAUGCUAUAUAUUCUGCGGAUAUGCCCCUUGGAAGGCACUUAUGAAAGUUUGGGUAGUGGUUAUGCCGCUGAGCCCGCCUUCAAACCCUGACUCUACUAAGACAAAAAACAGUCAUCUCAUUACCCUAUUUUAUGAGACAAAAGACCAUUUUUGAUGACCUUUCUAGUCCAUUUUUAUUUUUCACACUGAAUUGAGUAAUAAAGGGGACAGAAAAACAAAUGAAAAAGGAAACAAGACUCACUGAUUAGAUUAUUUAAAAGUUUGUUGGUACCGCACAUGUUAUACGGCGCACCGCCAAAGUCUACUCCGUGUUCAAGGCCUUUCGUCUACAAAAAUAACAUGUUCAAGACACUUCGAAUUGUUUAACCUGUUUAAGAAUCAAGGCACCCAAAACCUUACCCUUGUCUUUGUUGCAAAUCGAAUUAGACUGAGAGCCUUAGUCUGCUUUACGUAAGUACCGUGUAGACCUCCGGAUUCCGAAGAGAUGUUUACAGCCAGUCCUCAAAACCGCGAGAGACUUUGCCUGCUGCUAGUCAAUGUAUAGGAAGGUUAUUCCAUAGAACUGCUCCAGAAAAACUAUUUUUCUUAACAUUUGUCUGGAGGAAUAGAGAGUUUGCUGUUGGUGUCUCUCAAAACGUAAUUAGAGGCAUUGCAACGAUCUGCCAUUGCUACGAUCUAUUAUGCACUUAACAAGGCUCCCCAAGGUACUUAAGAUAUAUGACGCAUACAGGGUGUUUCAAAAGUUCGUUCCGAUUUUUUCUUCUCUUCUUGCCCUCAGGAUUUCAUCGGUUGUCUGAAUAACCAUAUGCAACUAAUUAUGCAAAAAAAAAGCAAAACAAAACAAAACAAACAAACAAAAAACUUUUACUGUAUAUAAUAACAAUAAUAAUAAUUUAUCAAUUUAUAUAGCGCGUAUUUACAUGUGCUGAUCAAUAGCGCUUAUCUUAUCUUAUGGGGUAGCUCUGAUCAAUAGCGCUUAUCAUAUCUUAUGGGGCAGCUCUUAGAAAUGAUGCCCUGCAUUAUUAAAAGGGGGAAAUGGGCGCUUUGCGAGGUAGAGCCAACAAUCCAUCCACUCCUAAAAGUUUCACUCUUUCGCACUAUACCUUAAUCAGCAUAUCAUCCACCCGAUUGAUUUGUUAUCAAAAAGUACAAAAGAAGGCGUGAGUGAAAUGCCAACACAGGAUCGGGGUUGGGAUCCGCUGCCCUUUAUUUCUUGAUAUUAUUUUUUUGAUGUUUUGAGUGAAAUCUGUUAAAACAACUGAAAAAGAAACACCAUUUUUAGUCGCGAUUUGAGCAAGAAAACAGAAGAGGAACUGAAACGUUACGACAAGGACCACAUUAGCUGCCAUAAAACUGAUCGGAUGGACUGAUGAUCAGUGGCCAAUCUAAAACCUAGAGCAUCAUGAAAGAGUACUUGGUCCAUAUUUUACGAUAAAGAAGCGUCACCGUUACUGAUUGUCUCCAGUCCUCAUGUCCGCGACACGAUAUAGGCGUUGAUCCAGUCGAUGGCAUGCUCCUCUUAGGCUCAGUCUCCAGCCUCGAGUGCCUCGAUGUGCCCGCGGAACUCCCCACCGGAGGGCUGGGCGCACGGGCUUAGCUAUUGUUAAAAUUGACCAAUCAGAAGCCAGCCCGAAGAAUUUUGCGGGCUGACUUCUGAUUGGACAAUUUUUACGAUUGCCUAAAUUUAUUAGCGUGAAAGCGAGAAGUUAUUUUAGUAAACAAAGGUUGCGGGCGAUACAAGAUUGAAAAUGGUUGCUUUUUCGGCCUUGUAAAGUUUGUUCUUGAUAAUUUCAAGGAAAAGAAGAGUCUAGCUUUUAAGGAGCCUAUUCUGGUCCGAGAUAAAUUUCUUAUUCUACCAAUGAGUUCAUGAAAAUCUUUAAGUUUUCAAUCGUUUCGCGUGGUAAUGGUUACAUAGAAGGCAACCAAUCUGCAGAGCUUAUUAUCAUGGUAGUCUUUCCACUUCUGUCCUUUGUUAAAGGGCAAGUAAGUUUAAACUGCAAAGGUAUAAAAGCAGCUUCCCUCGGUAAAGGACAACUAUGUAAGUGGCGUUUAGAAGUAGUUUCAUUCAACUCAAUCUGCGCUACUUCAUAAAGUGGGAGUCACUUUAUAAAACGGUACUUCUCAGUACCGUACUACCGUUGCCUGGAAACGAGGUUUAUCGCAAAUACAGCCUCGUUUCCAGGCAAAUGAACGAUCGAUCAACCUCGUUUCCAAGUCAAUGUACCCUUAAGUCGAUUAUUGUUGUUUUUAUUUUACUGUGUGUUUUUUUGCUACGGCAAAAAAGCAACCGUAAACGACACGAAAAAACUAUGAAAAUGAAGUCUAGAAACCACCAACCUCCUCCCUUACAAAGUUCGGUUAUUAUUUAAACUUGUCUAUCAGCUUACAGUAUUUAUGAGAGAUAAGAUUGGCUUAUGCGAACGACAUAGGCAAAUAAAUAAAAAGACAAGGGAAACGUUUUCGUUCUCUUUUCCUUGUGAGUUAAUUGCUAUUGCUUCUCCUCGUUUCACGAAUGAACGCUACAUUUCACCGCGGCUUCAUUAUUGUAAUUAUUAUUUCUUUUUACUACAGAAUGCCAGAAUUACGUAAGUCUUAACACAGCUGACAGAAAGAUAACGUACCCAGAUUACAACACUUACUGUGACAAUGCAAUUGGACCUGGAUGGUUCCGCUUUGAGGGGUCCGCUGGCACAAGAAUGCCAACUUCAUGUCCACCUAAAAACAGGUGUGAUGCUGACGCACCCGGCUGGAUAAACGGAGGGCAUCCCACAGUAGCAGACGGUCAGGUCAGCAGACAGGUUUGUUUUCACUGGUCUUCUUGCUGUUGGGCGACAACAAACAUCAAAGUGAGAAAUUGUGGUUCAUAUUAUGUGUACCAUCUUAAUGGUACACCUGGUUGUAGUCUGCGUUAUUGUGGCACUAACUAAAAACAAGGUGCAAGUAAAGUAUUACAUAUUCCUAAUUGACUAUCAUUUCACUAAAGUAGGCUUCAUUGUUUAAAAAAAGAAAAAGAAAUAGGAAAAACUGCACUUAACUUCAAUAUCUGAUUUCUAUAACUUAAGCAAAGGGAGGGAAAAACUACGAGGUAGCACAACGUACUACUCGCGUUACCAAGCAAGAACAGUUUUCUUGAAAAUUAAUAUGAGGAUAAUUGUUUUUAAUCCCUAUUAAAGAUCAAGUAAGGAAUAAAUACUUAUAGUAACAGAACUUACCAGGAAGUCAAAGUAGGUAAAAUAAUACAUUAAAUUAGCAAAGCAGAAAUAUACACUUCAACCUAGCAGAUGUGCCGGGAAGGGCGGGGUAUGGAUCUACUUACUUGUUUUAACAUUGAUCUGUAUAGGGAUGCACUCUGUAAAAUCGGAAACGAAAUGCAUAACGACCAUGGCACAGUCAACUCUCGUUUUGCGCACACGCCAGCAAUACGAACAGAGGCUAAAUUCUCUUUCUACUUCAGACUCUUGCUUGCUAACAAGGACACUAACUUGCGGUCUCGAUGGGAGUUGCACCCCCAGUGUUGAGGCAAUUCUUGGAUUAGGAUUGGAGUUUCUAUGAGAAAUAAAC